AUGUCUUUAACCGUAGACCUCAGCAGCCCCACGACAUCUAAACAUGGACUUCAUCAGAACAUUUCCCCAAGUUCCCCAUCCGGAAUAAACGUGCUCAUCGUGGGCGCGGGCCCCGUCGGAGUUUACACGGCGCUCUGCUGCUGGCGAAAGGGCCAUAAUGUCCGCAUUAUCGAGCGCAGCCCCGUUGCAAGAACCCAGGGGGACUUCUUCACCAUUACGCAGCAGAUCAUUAGCCACAUUCAAACCUGGCCCGACCUGGUCGAGGAGAAUGAGCGCAUCGCCGUCGACCCGUGGGUCCUGUACUCCAAGAUUAAUGGCGACGUCAUCUCGGGCCCCGAGGCUUUCAACUGGAAGCCAAGAACCGCUGCCGUCGUCCAGGAUGAUCAACAAGGCGAAACCCCGAGACGCAUGUAUCGGCACCAUCGACCCAAGUUUUUGCAAAUGUUGAUCUCGCAGCUCGAGAGGGUCGGCAUCAAAAUCGAAUAUGGAUGCCGCGUCACCGAGUACUAUGAGAACAAAGGUGUCGGUGGAGUUGUUCUGGAUGACGGGCGGAAGAUGGAGGCCGAUGUCGUUGUUGCUGCAGAUGGUAUUGGGACCAAAUCCCACAAGCUAGUCAACAACCACGACGUUAGGGCUCGGAGCAGUGGAUGGGCAUCUUUCCGGGCUGCGUUUCCCGUAGAGCGCAUCGCCGAGGAUAAGGAACUUGAUGAGGGACUCGCGAUCCUGGACAACGGGCAUCCCCUCGUUCGGAUGAUGCAUGGACCAGGAGUACACAUGAUUAUCCUUAGAACCAAUGACAUUGUAAGCUGGGGUAUUAUGCACAAAGACGACGGCGGAGCCCAAGAAUCUUGGCAGCAGACGGUCAAGGUCGAUACCGUACUAGACUGUCUGUCCAAGGUCCCAGACGUUCCGGAUUUUGUCAAGAGACUGAUCAAGGCCACGCCCGAGGACGGCAUCGUGGACUGGAAGCUGAUGCUCAGGAACCCUCAGCCCAUCAUCACCUCACCCCUCGGCCGGCUAGUUCAAGCCGGUGAUGCUGCGCACACGUACCUGCCUAGCUCUGGCAGCGGUGCGAAUCAGGGCAUCGAGGACGCGAUAUACCUGGCCACCUGUCUGGAGUUGGGGGGCAAGGAGAAUGUUCAAUGGGCCACGCGGGUCCAUAACAAGCUGCGCUUCGAGAGGGUCUCGUGCUGCCAAAAGGUCGGCUUCAUCAAUUUUGCGCGGCGCAACAACAAGGACGCCCAGGCCGUGUCGCGCGAUCCGAGCAAGAUUAAGACGGAGCAAGGCCAAUGGAUGUGGCGUCACGAACCGGAAAAGUACGCUUACGAUAACUACCACCCGGCACUAGAGCAUUUGCAAAAUGGGGCCGAAUUCGCCAACACGAAUAUCCCACGAGGCCAUGUCCAUGAAGACUGGACCGUCGAUGAGCUGAUGGCCAAGAUUGAAAAGGGGGAGCCGAUUGAGUUUGAUGGUGACUGGUCUUGA